CCUUGUCGCAGGUCGCCAUCAUGUACACAACUGCCUUCCUUGCCCUUCUCUUGACCUUCGCAGCCAUCCCGCCUUCGGACGCGGCGCAAUUUAACGUAACCGUAGGAGGGACUGGUGUAUUAAAGUAUGAUCCUGAAACUAUAAAUGCCUCCAUCGGCGAUACCGUUCUCUUCAACUUCCACCAGAAGAAUCACACCGUAACUCAGUCAAGUUUUGCGAAUCCUUGUCAACCUCUCGAGGGAGGUUUCGACUCCGGAUUUGUUCCCGUCGGCGAUGACGUUGUGGACAACUUCCCCGUCGCUCAACUGACCGUAACAUCCGAGGACCCCACCUGGAUCUUCUGUCGGCAAAGUAAUCAUUGCCAGCAGGGCAUGGUCUUCGCUAUCAAUCCCACUGCAGACAAGACCUUCGAUGCUUUUCAACAGGCGGCCAUCGCAUCCGGAAACAACACGGCCUCUGCGAGCGCCAGUUCUACCUCUACGGCCACUUCAAGCAUUAUCACCUCUGCCGCCACUAGCACUCCGUCUGUGGUCACCGUUACUGCCACCGUCACCGUGUCUUCUGGAGGCGACAUUACGACGACGUAUGGUUCCUACCCUGGAUCGGCUGCGCCUACCUCUGCUGUCAGCUCAGACCAUAAGGUCGUUGUGGGCGGCAGUGGCCUGUUCUAUUCCCCUUCGAACAUCACCGCACAGCCGGGAGAUACCAUCACAUUUGAAUUCCACCAGAAGAAUCACACGGCCACCCAGUCGAGCUUCGCCAACCCUUGCCGAUCUUUGACGUUGACGAGCACAACUGGUCAAAUCGGCUUUGACUCCGGAUUCAUGCCGGUGUCCGAUAACGCUACGACCUUCCCUACCUUCACCAUUCAAGUGAACGAUUCCUCGCCCAUCUGGGUUUACUGCAAGCAGGCGAACCACUGCGGACAGGGCAUGGUCUUCUCCGCCAACGCGAUCGAGACUGGACCAAAUAACUUCGCCGCUUUCCAAGCAAAGGCGAAGGCGCUCAAUGGCACUACCUCGAGCGGCAGCGGCAGCGCCGCCUCCGCAUCGGCCACGAACUCUGGCGCAAGGACGGUAGCGAAGUGGCAUGCCAGCGGGUUGGCGCUUGUCGCCAUGGUCGCAACUACCCUUCUCUAAGCAGUCCUUAAACGACUUGGUCGCGUUUCGCUCCGUUCGCUAAGCUACGUGUAUCGAUUAAUGACCGGAAGGGUACAGGGUGUAGCAUUUUCCCCCGCAGUAUCAUGGUCCUCACAUAGACUUUA